UUUUAUGUUUAGUUGUACCAAGUGCGCUCCGAGGUUCGCAGGAGGUGUCCGCCGGUCACUUAUUCGCAGGAAAUUCCCGUUUCAAACAGCGGCAACGGCGUCUUUCCAAAUUCAUCUUUUUAAAAUCGUGUAAAUAUUAGUAGCUGGUCGCUGGCAAAUGCCAUUAGAGUUUUUUUUUUCGCGUCGGAGCAAAUCCUGUUUUGGCUCGUACGCGUUUUGAUUGCUUUUGCCAUUUUAUUUAAAAUUGAUGGUGUCUCGAGUCGCGGCAACGAGAAUUCUUAUAAUCAAUUGGCGCAAUGUUGAAAAUGCCCCUGUUUGGCCGCGAUCGGAAAAAGAAGGAGGAAAAAUUGAUUAUUGAAGAAAAAUAUACCCUGAGGGAUGUCCUGGGAACGGGUGCCUUUUCGACAGUAAGGAUCGCUGAAAGCAAAACACAUCCAGGUGAAAUGGUUGCUGUAAAAAUAAUCGACAAGAAAGCGCUCAAGGAUAAAGAAGACUCGCUGGAAAAUGAAAUAAAAGUUUUACGCAGACUUAAACAUCCAAAUAUUGUCCAACUUCUAGAAACCUAUGAGGAUAAAUCCAGAUUUUUUCUUGUAAUGGAAUUGGUAACAGGGGGUGAAUUAUUUGACAGAAUAGUAGAAAAAGGAUCUUACACCGAAAAAGAUGCGUCAAAUCUCCUCUGUCAAAUAUUACAAGCCGUUGAUUAUAUGCAUGAACAAGGCGUAGUUCAUAGAGACUUAAAACCGGAAAAUUUGUUGUAUUACAGUCAGGAUGAAGACUCGAAAAUAAUGAUUAGCGAUUUUGGACUCUCGAAAAUGGAAGAUUCCGGCAUUAUGGCCAGCACAUGUGGUACACCUGGAUAUGUAGCUCCAGAAGUCCUAGCACAAAAACCCUAUGGUAAAGCAGUAGAUGUAUGGUCAAUCGGGGUGAUUUCAUAUAUACUUUUAUGUGGAUACCCUCCCUUUUAUGAUGAAAAUGAUGCAAAUUUAUUUGCCCAAAUCUUAAAAGGCGAAUAUGAAUUCCACUCUCCUUAUUGGGAUGAUAUAAGUGAGUCUGCUAUGAAUUUUAUCACUGGGCUGAUGACGGUCAAUGUUGAAAAAAGAUUCACUUGUAAACAAGCAUUAUCCCAUCCAUGGAUUUCUGGAAAUGCAGCCGCUACUAAGAAUAUCCAUUUCACUGUGGCUGAACAGCUCAAGAAGAAUUUCGCUAAAUCAAAAUGGAAGCAAGCUUAUCACGCGGCAACUGUUAUCCAAAAAAUGAAAAAAAUGGCCCUGACGAACCACAAAAGUGCCACGAUGCAAAGGUGUAUAUCUGACCAGCACUCCGAAAAUGGGGCUUGUGGCUGCGCAGACAGGACUUAAACUAUACGUUGUGUUUUUACAACUUUGUGUACUACCUGGUUUUAAGCAGGUUACCAUAGAUUGUAUGUUAACUUAAUUUUUUUCUGUUGCCUUUUUUUCCUUUUUGUAUCUAGAUUUGUUCUUGAUAAGAGAGUAUUAGAUUUACAGCAUGCGCUUCACUCCUUGAACUAACAACCUGAAGAACAGAUAUGUUAUAAUGUUAUUCUAUUAUUAGGGAAUAUUCUCAGGUUGUUUUUAAAAAUUAAAUAACACCCUGUAUUAAGUAAUAACCAAAUUUAUUUUGGCGCAUCAGUACCUUAAAGGAAAGUGUUGCAGCGCUGUUAAAUUUUGGCGUUCAAAAACAAAAUUCUGUGAUAAUUACACUAAUUACUAAAGCAGUUCACUUAAAUAAUUAAAAAAUAGAUCAGAUUCUCACAUCACGCUAUCUCUCUUUAUUGUUAAUUUUUAGGUAAAUCGCUGUCCUUUGCAACACUCACUCGAAAAAAACAAUUUUUUGUGACAAUCAUAUUUUUUAAAGGCUUUGCUGCUAUUCUUAAACAUUGUGAUUUUUAACUGCAAUAAUAUGUGUGUCUAUAAAAAGAACUUUCCAAUCCAAAAUACACUAUUUUUAGACCUCUUAUACGAGGUGAUUAAAAAUCAUCUUGUUCCAGUAGUUUAUGGGAUUAGUAAUUUAUCCAUCUUGUUAUUUAACUAUAGGAAAGUAUAUUCUUAUUAUUAUUAAAAUUAAGUACGUCCAUAGAUUUAUCUUUGUUACUUGUCUAAAAAUUUAUUAAAAAUAAGGAAAUUAUGGCAACAAAUGUUAAAAAAGCAUCAAAAGAGUAGUUAAUCAAAGUUAUUUUCUUCUAAAAAAAAGACAAUUUGUUAUAUUAACACUACCUCCAUAUGCUCUCUCAAAUCCUAACAAACAAAUUAGACAUUUUUCAUAACUAAAAUAUAUUUUUUCUACGUUAUUAAAUCAUAGAAGCAUAUAUUAGGCCCAUAUAUUUUUGGCACAUUAGCAUUUAUUAUUUUAUAGUUUUCUUAUAAAUUUUAUUUGGCCAAUGUGAUAAUACUUUGGCCAUAAGUGGUCACAAUUUAUGAGAAGAUAUAGUUUUGUACCAAUUUAUUUUUAUACACGUGUUUAAAACGCAACAUCGUUAUGUAAUUAACUAAUGAUUAAAUAUAUUUGUUUCAGUUCCAAAAAGUAUUUUUUUUUACUUACCGGUUUUAAUUGUGUCCUCAAACAUCACGUGUUGCAAGUGAAUUAAAAGACAAUCAAUAAGGAUAGAUGUCUGAGUGUUCCAGGAUAAGAUUCCGAAGGAGAAGCAGCCCAUAAAGAGAAAGCAAAAUUCACAAGUUCAAUUUAAGAAAGAAAACUUCCACUGUAGUGCAGACUACAGCGAAAGGCACUGUACAUGGACGUAUUGGCCUACAUCUACACAAUUCAGAGGUUCCAGGUAGACGCAAGAAGGAACCGUUAUCAAUAAGACCCAUUCAAUUAUGCCAAGGAAUGUGAAAGAGUGAACUAGCGUUUAACCAACUAUAUUGUAACAACCAACUAUAACAUAACAAUAUUUACCACAACAUAACUGUCUUUUAAACCAGAUGCGGCCUGCACGAAAAAAGCCGUACCUGUUAUUGAUAAUUAAUUCGCUAUAUUUGAUUUUAUGGUUAUAUUGUCACAAGAGUUGAAUAUAAUGAAUUUUUAAAUUAAAAUAAAAUAAUCCAUGAAAACCUA